AUGGUGAGACGGAACCUGGGUCCGUCCACUCGCUCCAUCUAUCUGGGUCUGGCAUGUCUGUCCCUCACUCUACAUCUCCUCCUGGCAGUCUUCUGCCUCUCAGUCCUCCAGACCACCUGUGUCCUUCCCACCUCCUCCUCUUCCUCCAUUCCAAGAACAGAUAGUCGUCACAGUGAGUCCGUCUCCCACUCCACCUCUUCAUCUACUGCCUCUUUUUCCGAUAAGCUGCCAGAGAGAACCCAGAAUAAAGAGCACCGCGGUCUGACUGCCAACACGUUACAUCACGAAGCUGAAGACUCGCUCAGGGAGGUCACUGAGAAGGCCAAGGAACCGACUGGAGCUAGAAAAGCGAUUCAAAAAGUCAAGGGUGAGUCUAAACUGGAGGCGUUGUUUGAGCAUCCGCUGUACAACCUGCCGGGCCCAGAGCUGCAGACGGAUGAUUGGCUGCUGAGGCUAAAGAACGAUGAAGAUAUAAAGAAUGCAGAGAGCGAGGAAGAGGAGGGUGAAGACGCCAUCACCAGUGACAGUCAGUGGAAGAGUGCCAGCGAGGAGGAAGGCUACGAUGAAAUGCAUUGGACCGGCGACGUGGAGACACACCCUUCCUGGCUGCGCUUCCACCUGGGCAUCUCUCGCUGGGAACUGUACAACAGGAAAGACCCCAACCUGGCUCAGCUGACACACGAUCUGGCAACGCAGCGCAUCCUGGGGGCUGUCCAGAAGACGGGGGGAACCCAGCUGAAGCUGCUCAUGUCGUUCCCAGACCAUGGACAGGCUCUGCUCAAACCCAUGAGACAAUCCAGAGACACAGAGACGGACGUGAACCUCUUCUACUUCUCAGACUUUGAGAGACACAAUGCAGAGAUCGCUGCCUUCCACCUGGACAGGUUGCUGGGGUUUAACCGGAUCCCUCCGGUGGUCGGUCGACUCAUCAACGUUAGCGCAGACGUCAGGGAGAAAACCACCGACCACAAGGUGUCCCGGACCUUCUUCACUUCUCCUGCUGGGAAUGUGUGUUUCUACGGCCAGUGUGAAUACUACUGCUCCACUGAGCAUCCAGUCUGCGGUCGGCCUCACCUGCUGGAGGUCUCUCUGGCUGCGAUGCUCCCUGACCUCAGCCUGGCUCCUCGCAGGUCCUGGAGGUCUCCGUGGAGGAGGUCCUACAGCCGCACCAAGCUGGCUCAGUGGGAAAAGAAUCCGGACUACUGUGACUCUGUGAAACAAACGCCUCCUUACAGCCGAGGAACCCGACUGGUGGACCUCAUAGACAUGGCUGUGCUGGACUUCCUCAUGAGCAACAUGGACAGACAUCACUAUGAGACAUUUGAGAAGUUUGGUAAUGAGACAUUUCUGCUGCACCUGGACAACGGACGGGCGUUUGGGCGUCACUCUCAGGAUGAGCCGUCUAUUCUUGCUCCUUUGCAGCAGUGUUGCAGGAUCCGGCGCUCCACCCUCCUCCGGCUGCGUCUCCUGGCCCUCCCUGACUUCCGUCUGAGCGACGUCAUGCGGGAAUCGUUGGCUCGGGAUCCUCUGGCAGAUGCUGCUCCUCUCCUGUCAGAAGCUCACCUGUCUGCUCUGGACCGCCGCCUGGCAGCCGUCCUGCAGGUGGUGCACACCUGUGAGGAAAAACACUCAGAUGUCAUCUAUGACGACUUGCAGAGAUACGAUCAGGACAGUUUGACUGACUGAAACACAAAACAAUAACUUAUACACUGUGUAGAUAUGAAGUACAGGUGUUUUAUUUUGCUUUGAGUAUUUUUGUAACUUAAUCGUAAGUCUGAACAUGAAAUCCAUCCAUGACGGUAAACUGGUUCAUGUCAAAGUGGAAAUGAAGUGAGUUAAGUAAAAGUAUAAAAUGUAAAGUAAGGAUUCAGCCUGUUCUGUAAAUUCAGUGUUGAAAAUAAUAAAAAAGAGAAAGCUUCCAAGUUUAAUGGGUACUGGUUAAUUUAGGGCAUGGAUCAGGUUAAAUACUGCAAAGGCAUGAGCAUGAUUAUAAAAGAAAUAAUUUCUUUAUGACAAUAAGACCAAGAUAAAAGCAGCUGUAGAGGUUACAUAGAGUUUAUAUAUAAACAGCUUUAACAGCAGAAGAUCACUUCAUGGACUGCUCUGUCAUCAUUUAAAAGGAAACACGCUGCUUAAAGGGUUGAUUAAAGCAUCCAAUUUUAUUUUAGUCCACAGAAGCGAUUAUCCUCACGUCUCUCCAUAAUUCUACCUCCUCUGUGUUCUACAUGAACCACGUCAGUCCUUUUAACCAUCUGAAGUCAUUUUAAAGAAGCAGAUCAGCUCAUUUAUGUGAAAAAUGCUGUUUUCCACAUUAAAAAAGUGACUGGAAUGUUG